AUGAAUCUUGUUCAAUAAGUGAAAAUGAAGUAAGUGAAAAUGAUGAGGAUCAAGAAUCAUCAGAAGAUAUAGAAUUAACUUGGAGAACAACAAUUCAACAUUGGAUUAAUUUGGUAAAUGAUCAAGACGAUUAUGAUAUAGCUUUUAAUAUUUUAACACCUGAAG